CCCCCUGGCUGCACCGCUCAGGCAAUGUGCUUCGUCACGGACUCCCUGCUGACUGUUAUCGAUCGUAUCUUUCGACAGAAGCUUCCGCCAAAAAGUCAGUUAUUGGCUGUUGAGCGGCUGCUGGUGGGAUUCGACAGCGAGUCCCAAGGCACAACGGGACGAGUGAGUUCCGUAACCAAUCGCGGUCUUCGAGAAACCGGGUACUGGCGCCAGCUGGAAUGGACAGGCAGCUCUGGGUCCGGCCGUUGGGGUAAUCACUACAUCGGACCUGCUCUAUGCGACCAUCUUGACCCCGAGGAAAGACUCACCCGAUCCGCAUCGGGGGGAUGGGCAACUGGUCUCACCCCUCAGUCAGUCCUCCUCAGAUUCCCGAGAGUCUCCUGCGGUGAGGGCGGCUCUCUGCAGGUCGCAGCAUUCUGUGCCUAG